AGCAUACAAAUAGUGGUAGGAAUGGAAGAGUGAAAGCUGUUGGCUGCUGAUUUUGUUAAACCAGUGUCACCGAGUCAAUACUCAAUAGUGUCACAAACAAUUUCACAAUCAAAAACCCUCUCUCUCUCUCUCUUCACAAAUCCCCAUGGAAUCAAAACCAGAUUCAUAGGCUACGCCACGCUCAUUGCCGCAACCGCCGUCCUUUCUAAUUCCGUCCCACUUUUUCACGUGACAACAAACAAACAAACCCCGAAUCAUGGAUUCCCCCAUGCUGAAGAUGUCAGACGACAACAACAAACGAAACGCAGCAGAGGACGCAGAAACAAGGUUCGUUGGGAUUCCCACAACACCAUCACCAUUCCUUCACCCUGACCAUGUGGCCGUUGGGUCCCCCAUCACCAGGGUCCCUCUCGCUCCUUCUCCCGCACCACCACCUCCCUCUCCCUGCAGAUUCUGGUUGGACCCUGCAUACCCCGUUUGGGGCCAUGAUUUCUCCAGAAUCAACUUCUUCGAUGCAACCCAAACCGAUAACAUGCCUUUCGAACCCUACGCUUCUUAUUUCAAUGAAACAGGAACCCUCCCAUAUGUUAACAACACCCAAACCAACAUGGGUCUGGACCCUUACGCUUUUUGUUUCAACGAAACAGGAACCUUCCCAUCCCUUCCCUAUCAUCAGCAUGUCAACAAUGUGCCUUUAUUCGAUAAAGGUUACACUCUUGGCACCCCAGAUGAUCACGCCAACCUCGUGUAUCAUCACCUCGUCGAUCAGAGGAGGAGGCAGCUAGAGGGUACAUCUGAUAAUAACUAUCAGAUUCUCCGUGAUCGUUACAUGGCGGCUUCACAGUCUCUCCACGAUGGAGGAGGAGUCAAAAGUCCCAUUAGGUUUUCUCAGAUAACGCCUCAACAUCAAUAUCCUCCCAAUGCCAAUAUUACCCCAUCACAUUAUUACGUUGCUGCAAAACAAAAAGCUGAACUUUCCCCUUUUCUAUCUCCGAGGAGAAUCGGGGGAGACCUUGCUACAGCGUUUAGGUAUGACAACAAUGGCGUUUUUCUACAAGGGAGAGAUGCAAAACACUACUUUGAGAAUGGGUACGGUUCUUACAGAAGGAGUCCUCGCGAUGAUGAUGCUGCUGCAAUUCAUGGCGUGGGUGGGAGUGUUGUUCCUAAGAACUUUUAUUCUGCUGCUGCUCCUUCUGUUCAAAGAAGUGGUGGUGGUGAUUUCUCAUCACUGCCCAUGCUGCUGGAUUUUUAUUCUGUGCCUGAUGCGCAGUGCUACAUUUACAACCUGGCAAAGGAUCAGAAUGGUUGUCGUUUUCUGCAGCGGAUGGUGGAUGAGGGGACCUACCAGGAUAUAUGUAUCGUGUUUGAGGGAAUCAUUGGGAAUGUUGUUGAACUCAUGAUAGACUCUUUCGGGAAUUAUCUUGUGCAGAAGCUGCUCGAUGUUUGCACCGACGAUCAACUCCUGCAGAUUGUGCUCUUGUUGACCAAUCACCCAACCCAGCUCGUUAGAAUCUCUUUAAAUACUCACGGCACACGCGUGGUGCAGAAGUUGAUCGAGACCCUCACCUCCGAUGAACAAGUUUCACUGGUGAAGUCUGCCAUUCAACCGGGUUUUCUUGAUCUUAUUAAGGAUUUGAAUGGAAAUCACGUCAUUCAACGUUGCUUGCAAUGCUUUAGCUGUCAAGAUAAUCAGUUUAUUUUUGAUGCUGCUGUGAAGUUUUGUGUUGAAAUAGCUACUCAUCGGCAUGGAUGUUGUGUAUUGCAAUGUUGCAUUCAUCACUCAACAGGAAAGAAUCGGGAUAAGCUGGUCACAGAAAUAUGCAAAAAUGGACUUCUCCUCGCUCAGGAUGCAUUUGGAAAUUAUGUUGUUCAGUAUGUUAUAGAAUCGGAUACCCCAGCUGUCUCAGUCAAACUGCUUAGCCAGUUCAAAGGAAGCUUUGUAAUUUUGUCUACACAGAAAUUCAGCAGUCAUGUGGUCGAAAAAUGCCUUAAGCAUAUCGGAAACAGCAGGCCAAGGAUAGUUGGAGAGUUGACGUCUGUUCCUCGCUUUGAACAGUUGUUGCAAGACCCAUAUGCCAACUAUGUCAUUCGAUCUGCUUUACUUUUUACAAAGGGCCCUCUGCAUGCAUCUUUGGCUGAAAUCGUUCGUGCUCACAAAGGGUUGCGCACCAGUCCAUAUUGCAAGAGGAUUUUCUCGGGAAGCUUGCUCAAAAAGUGAUGCCUAUGGUCAUAUAUGUUGUUGUUCUCAUUAGUAUUUUUAUAUCUAAAUCAGCUGCUAGUCUAAGUAUGUAUCUCUUGUAUCUCUGUGUACGAACGAAAGGCAAGCCUUGUUUUUAGAUGUUUACUACUUUAUUAGGUGCAGCUUGCCUUGUAUUAUCUUGUUGUGCUAUUGUUGUGUGUUAUGUAUGGCACUUUUCUUGUGGUGUUUUCACGUUUCUAGAUCAUCUAUAUGUUCUAGAUUCUGGUUUUUAAUAAUGA